AUGAAAUUCCUCACCCUUACAUUCAUCCUUACGCUCGCCACCACCGCCCUUGCAGCCGCCGUCGUCAAACCCCUCAACACCGCCUUCUCCAUCGUAGUCCGUGACGCAAACUGUGACGCCUGCUUCGAGCAGUACAAGUUCUGCCAGCGAAACGGCCAUACAGAUGGCGAAGAAGGCUGUAACCAGACCUGCGCCGAGCACGUCUGCCAUAUGAACCGGUAUGACGGCGCCGACCCGCGUGAGGUCAUGGGAUCUGGUUUAGUGAGACAAUGGACUCCACAGUAG